CAACUUAAUUAUCUUAUAAAUCUUCGUCAGUGAUUACUGGGGAGAAUAAUUAUCCUCAAAAUAGUGCCUAGAAAAUAGUUUCUCACACAAACUUAAACACUUUCAUAAACAUCUACCUGAGUUAUUGUUUUUUUUCUGUGCAAAAUGGAAAGAAUAAUGACCAGGAAAGCCACUGCACGUUUGGAGGAAGCUAAACUUGAACAAACACUAGUGGAACUUAAUAAAUAUAAGGAUUUGUGUGGGGUUCUACAGAGGGUACAGGAUGACAAUGAGAAGGAAGUACUUAAUAUUUUAAGCAAUAAUAGUAAACUAAAGAGUGAGAUGGCAGAACUGCACUGUCAAUUAGUAAACAUCACAGAAGAACGGGAUAAGCUCCAACACAUUGUUGACCAGUUUGACCGGUGCAGCGAUGAGUUUGACACAACUCUCAAACACAACGCUGAACUGAAGUGUAGGUUCAGUGAGGCCCAGGACACUAUUAUUAGGAUGGAGAGUACCAGCCAGAAACUUCAAACAGAGCAAACCAAUGCACUGUUUGUUGAUCUAGCAGGUUACAAUCGAACUCCAAAUUCAUCUAACCUUUGUUUUGUUCCCGAUUGUACAAACUCGGAACGUCUAAGAGUUCCUAUUUACAUUAAGCAACAAAUAUUAAUGGACUACAAAUUGUAUGUCUCACCUAAUGCCCGAGUAUGGGAAGAACAUGCAAGUGUAUAUAAUUGGGAACUGUUGACUGAAUAUCAGUUUACAACGCAGCUUGCUCAAACUCAUAUAGUAGAAAUGCUAGAUUUAUUAAGAAAAAAAACAGUAAAAAUUAUUGGUUGAAAAUAUGAACAACCAUAUUUGUCGUU